ACGGGGGGGGGAGGUUGAGGGUAUACCGCACUCAUAGUCACAAAGAGAAGAUAAAGUGAUGCAAUACAAUCAAUCAGUUGUAAAAAAAAAAAAAAAUGACGGGAAGAGAGAAAAGAUAGAAAGUGAAAGUGAUAAAAAUCCCUUUAUAUAAGUGCAUCGAUAGACUGCAGUUACUGUGUUUGUAAACCUAUUGUUUUAUAUACUGUUCCUUCCUGUGACCUUGUAGAAAACAAAGAAAAUCAAACAAAGAAGAAAACAACACCACAAAGGGAGCCGCACAAUAAUCCACGGACCAGACCACUCCCUAAAAUACUGAAUAAUAAUAAUAAGAAAGAAACCAAAAGAAGUAAACACAGACAAAGAAACAAGGAAAAACACAAAAAAGAAACAUUAAACCCGUUAAAAAAGCCGCACCACAAUCCCCAUUCCCCAGACCUAUGACAUCAAGAUCAAGGCCACUCUCCUUUCCCAGCGCUAGAAAGUAAACAAAAACAAGCCUGACCAACGGGAAUGAAACACGUCACUGCCAACGGGUCUCUCAUGUGAGGUCAAGGCCGGGGAGGUCAAAACGGGUGCCAAGAGGUCAAAAAGAGGAUGAGUGAGAGCCUUUUCACUAACCAGGUCGAAGGUCUUCCUACCUGACCCAGCUUGACCUGAUAUGUCCGCUUCUACGUCCGGUCCUGCCGGCACCAUGACCUGUGACGACUCCUCUACCUUCUGCGGGCUGGUCAAGAACAUCACGCUGGCCAUCGGUACUUUCAUUGGCCAGAAGAUGGACCUCCUGUACCUGGGGUGGGUGUGGUCGCUGGUGUUCCCGGUGCUGCUGGUGAUAGUGGUGCUGCCCUUUGUCAUCCUGCUGCUGCUCUAUGUCUCUGCCUUCCUCCUCUACGUGUUCCAGAGAAGACAAAACCUCUACAACAUUCUCCACGAGUCACUGGAGCACCGCGAUCCCUGGGCAGGCGGACGGUACCUCAUCUCCCUCAUCUGGGACGCCCACGGCUACAUCUGGCACGGCUAUGAGGUACGGGGCCUAGAGAACCUGCCAGAGCGCGGCCGCUGUCUCAUAAUCUACUACCACGGCGCCAUUCCUAUCGACAUCUACUACCUCGUAGCGCGCACCAUCCUCGUGAAGGGCCGCCUUAUUCACUGUGUGGGCGACAGGUUCCUGGAGAAGGUGCCGGGGUGGAAGGUGAUCCUGGAGGCCUUUGACAUCACGGCCGGCACCAUCAACUCCUGCAUCAAGACACUUUCUGAGGACCACAUCGUCAGCAUAUCCCCGGGCGGCGUACGCGAGGCUCAGUUCUCCGACCACAAUUACCAGCUGCUUUGGGGGAACAGGACGGGCUAUGCAAAGGUGGCGCUGGGGGCUAAUGCGCCCAUCGUGCCAGUGUUUACAGAGAACAUUCGGGAGGCGUUCCGAGUGGUGUCGUGGCCGCAGAGACUUUGGGUCAUGCUGUACGAGAAGCUGAGGUUCCCAUGCGCCCCCAUCUAUGGCGGCUUCCCUGUCAAGCUACGCACACACCUGGGCAAACCGAUCUACCCCAAAGCAGGUGAGACUCCCGAGGAACUGGCCGAGAGGAUACAGGAAGCCCUCGCCGUCCUGAUCCGCGAGAACCAGCGACUCCCGGGACGCAUCCUCCGCGCCCUUGUAGCUCGGGCGUACGAGUUCCCCAAGCAGAACUAGCACAUCUUAGGUAGGGUGUUGGGAUCCUAUCUACAUAUUUACCGGUGGUGGGGAAGGAGGAAGGAUGGGAAGGGUGUCGUACAGGGUAUGGAAGUGGUUUGAAUUCCACGACGGGACUUGGAUUCUGUGUUGAUCUAGAGAGAAGAAGAAUAUGGAGAAGUUGGAAGGGAAAAGGUGAAGGAAUAAGAAGGAAGAGAAGGUGAAGGAAGGAGAGGAAGAAAGGAGAGUGAAGAAGGAGGAGGAGGAGAAGGGAGGAAAGGAAGAAGAGAAGAAAGAAGGAAGGAAGAGAGAGAGAAGGAGUAGAGCGAAGGAGAAGGGAGAAAAAGGAAGAGAAGAGAGAAGAAAGAGAAGGAAGAAGGAGAACGAAGAGGAGAAGGGAGAAAAAAGAAGAAGGAAGAGAAGAAAGAAGGAAGGAAUAAGGAGAAGGAAGGAGGAGAAAAAGGAAGAAGGAAUAGAAGAAGAAAGAAGAGAAUGAAAACGUACAGGAUCAAAAGGAGUCCUGAAUCCCACUGAACUAUCACAUCCUCGGUAGGACGCUGGGAUCCUAUCUUAACAUACCGGUGCUGGGGAAGGAUGCAGGAGGAUUAGGGUGUCAAAUAAGGAUCAGAAAGAGGUUUAGAUUCCAUACAAGGACUAUCGGAUUCUACGCUAACUUGUACCGGUAAUUGAAGAGAAGGAAGGGGAGGCAGGAAGUAUACAGGAUCAGGAAGAGGUUUAGAUUCCAUGACAAGACUAUCGGAUUCCAUGUUACUUAUACUUGAAGAGAAGAAAGAAGGAGAGGAAGGAGUUGAGGGAAAAAGGAGGAGAAGGAAGAAGAAGAAGAAGGAAGAGGAAGAGGAGGAGGGUGUGUAUAGCAAGUGGAAGGAGGAUGGAAAAAAGAGGAAGAGGAGGAGGAGGAGGAGGAGGAGGAGGAGUGUGUGUGUGUGUGUGUGUAUAUAUAUAUUCAUUGCCACUGUCUGUUGAAACCACCAAAUUGUAAGAUAUGGUUUGUAUUUAAGAGGAGGAGGAGGAGGAGGUGACAGAAGUAGAGGUGGAAAAUUGAAGUUGUAAAUAGAAGGAAAAUAUUGUGGAGGUUAUGUUUAUGGUAUUCAGGAGAGGUGGAGAGAUGCAGGCAAGUGUUCGCAAGUCCAAGUUUCCCGAGAAUCAUAAAAGUGAUGCAUGUUGUGAUUUACGAGCGGGCAAGAUUGGAGGUUAUUAUUGUUAGGUAUUUAGAAGGAGUUUGUAUAGAAAGAGAGGUGGAGAGAUGGAGGAAAGUGUUAUGCAAGUCCGAGUUUCCCGAGAAUUGUAAAAGUAAUGUACGUUGCAUUUUACGAGUGGGCGAGAUUAGAGGUUAUUAUUGUAAGGUAUUUAGAAGACGACUGUGUAGAAAGAGAGGUGGAGAGAUUGAGGCAAGUGUUACAUAAGUCCGAGUUUUCUAAGAAUCGCAAAAGUGACAUGUUGCAUUUUACGAGCGGGCGAGAUUAGAGUUUAUUAUUGUAAGGUAUUUAGAAGACGACUGUAUAGAAAGAGAGGUGGAGAGAUGCAGUCAAGUGUUACGGAAGUCCAAGUUUCCCGAGAAUUGUAAAAGUGAUGUACGUUGCAUUUUACAAGCGGACGAGAUUGUUUUGAGGGAUCCAGACGUGUUACAUUUGUCAACUUAAAGAGAUAUUUAGUAGAUCCUUAAGUCUGUGUUAUGUGUGAACAGGGGAAAGAACCUGUUUGAGAGUUUAGGAAGUGAUUGUUUGUUGUGUUACGAGAAGAAGAUAGACACUGAAAAAAUUAAGUUGUUUGUGGUAUGUGUGAGCGGGGGAAAGAACCUGUUUGAGAGUUUAGGAAGUGAUUGUUUGUUGUGUUACGAGAAGAAGAUAGACACUGAAAAAAUUAAGUUGUUUGUGUUAUGUGUGAACGGGGGAAAGAACCUGUUUGAGAGUUUAGGAAGUGAUUGUUUGUUGUGUUAUGAGAAGAAGAAGAUAGACACUGAAAAAAUUAAGUUGUUUGUGGUAUGUGUGAGCGGGGAAAAGAACCUGUUUGAGAGUUUAAGAAUUGAUAGUUUGUUGUGUUAUGAGAAGGAGAAGAUAGACACGGAAAAAAUUAAGUUGUUUGUGUUAUGUGUGAACGGGGGAAAGAACCUGUUUGAGAGUUUAGGAAGUGAUUGUUUGUUGUGUUACGAGAAGAAGAUAGACACUGAAAAAAUUAAGUUGUUUGUGUUAUGUGUGAGCGGGGGAAAGAACCUGUUUGAGAGUUUAGGAAGUGAUUGUUUGUGUGUUACGAGAAGGAGAAGAUAGACACGGAAAAAAUUAAGUUGUUUGUAUUAUGUGUGAACGGGGGAAAGAACCUGUUUGAGAGUUUAGGAAGUGAUUGUUUGUUGUGUUACGAGAAGAAGAUAGACACUGAAAAAAUUAAGAUGUUUGCGUUAUAUGUGAACACGUAAAAAAACAACUGUGAGAUUUUAAAGAAGCGUGUUUAUUGUUAGUUUGUGUUAUGUGCGAAUGGGGAAGAGAACCUGUUUGAGAUUUUAAGAAGUGAUUAUUGUGUUAUGUGAAGAAAAAGAUAGACACUGAAAAAAUUUAGAUGUUUGUGUUAUAUGUGAACUCGUAAAAAACAACUGUGAGAUUUGAAGAAGUGUGUUUAUUGUGUUAGCGAAGAGAUUUUGAUAGUUUUUAGAAGUGAAUGUCUCUUGUGCUGUGAGAAGAAAAGACACUGAGGAACUUACAUGUUUAAGUUCGUGACAUAUGUAAACAGAACAACGGAACAAAACAAUCAGAGAAGUGUGUGUUCGUUGUGUUAGUGACGAGAUGAACUGUUUUGAGACUAUGGGCCGCCUUCAGUCACUUUGUAUUGAUUGUUACGAAUGGCGGAGAUCGACGCUAUAGUUUUCCACGUGAACCUAGCCUAUGGGGUAGUGGCGGCUGCAGAGGAGGCGAGAGGUGUUGAGAGUGUGUGGCAAGGUGCGGGGCUAGGCUAACCCCACAGCCGCCACUACCCCAUCGGCCAGUUUUACGUGGGAAUACUAUAGCACGAUCGCCGUCAUUGGUAACGAUCAAAACAAACAAAGUGACUGUGAACGCAGGCCCAUGAAGGUGAAUGUUUCUUGUGUUACGAGAAGAAAAGAAAGACACUGAGAAAUCUAGUUGGAAAUUUAGGUUUGUCUUAUGUGAACAGAAGAGAUUGUUUUGAGAAUUUAUGAAGCGUAAGUUUGUUGUAUUGUGUGAACAGACUUUUGAGAAUAUUAUAAUUUUCAGUUUGUUGUUGAGAAAGAGAAUGGGAACAGAGUCUAAAGAGAAUGGGAAGUGAGU